CCUUGCAGCGGGUGAAUGUUGGCGUCGUCCUAGCCGCGCGCAUGAAGUACUUCCAGGAGUCCCGCGCGGCGGGCCUUGGCCCGCCUGUCGCCUAGAACUACAGGUCCCGGCAGGCGCUGCGGUUGGCCGGGCGGCCUCAGUGCGCCUGCGUGGCGGCGGCCGGGCGGUUUGAGUGCGGGCAGAAGGCGCAGGGAUGGAGGCGAAGCCGGAGGAAGUUGGGCGGGGCCGGACUAAAGAGGCCUGGCUACAGGAAACGCAGAAUCCCCCCCAACAGAACCUCCCUGGUGUUGAAGAUGGGAAGAACAGUGGUGGGACACAAGAACAUGACCCCAGUGACGAGAAAGUGGAGCCUGAACACUUUUCAGAACCGAACAAAGUUAUUAGUCCUGGGCCUGGUAACAAGGCUAAUGUGAGAGCAAGUCCCAGUGACAGAGUCAGAGGGGCUACUAGGAAAAGGUCAUGUCCUCGUCCUAGCCCCAAGAAAAUUGACCGGAGUCCCAGUCCCAAGAGGAUAUCUCCAUGGAGAGAGAGUCCCAGGAAAGGCCUCACUUCAAGUUCAUUUAACUUGUCCCCAAGGGCACUUGCCAUUAGCCCACAAAUCACACGUCGCUCAUGGUGCCGCUCCAGUCUGAAAGGAACCAACCGCCGGAAGUCACUGCCUCCUUUCCACCAGGAUGUCACAGAGCUGAGCAAAUCAAUCAGCCUUGAUUUUCCUGAGACUGACAGGCUUUCCAUGCUCCUGCUGUCUAGUUUCCAGUUCUCUACCCAGAAGCUUCAGCACUUCUUGAAGCAGACUGAUGGCUUCAGCCCUGAGGCUUUUAAAGCAAAUGUGAAUUCAGUUUCAGAAGAGCUGAUGCGUUGUACAGAGAGACUGAAACUAGAUGGAACACUAAAGAAAUGUACAGAAGAGCUGAAAGGUAUUUUAUCAGACCCUGCACUAAAUGUGUCAUUGGCCCAGAUGAAGGAAUAUAUAAACAGGUUUACUACAGAGUCUCAAACUUGGGAUCAGCUUUUACUGAGUUUCCAGAAAAGUGCAGAAGAAAUGUCCAGACAACUGGAGCAGUGCAAGACGAAUGAAGUGCAAGUGGAACCUGCUAGUUAUCUCGGAACCUCACAGGCCAAAGUUCUCAGUAGCAAGCCUAACUAUCAGAAAAUACUAGCUAGCCAGGGUGAGGUGUUUGACUGCAUGGAGCUUGUGCUGGAUGAACUACAGCAGGCAGUGAAGUUGUUGCAGACUUUCAUAGAAGACAGUACACAGUACCUCCGGAAUCUGUCAGAGCAACUUGCAUCAAGGACCUUUCAGCAACUGGAAAACUCACCUAUUCGGAAACUACUCAAAGUUCCCCCAAAGAAGCCACCAGUCACCCAGUGCCAGCAGCCUCCGGAGGGUUAAACACAGACUUGCAGCAGAUGGCUGUCCUUGCCUCCUUUUGCCUUUGCCUUUAUUGCCUUUCCCUGCAGGCUCUUUCCCCGCUUCUCUAAGAGGUUGUGGUUCUAGAGGUCCAGGAGGCCUGGGGUGGCUUAGCAGCCACUUGCCUUUGUAAAUGCACUGUGGGGUGCCCAUGGCGGGGGGUGGGCGGGCGCGGUGGCUGGUUGGGGGGUGUCAGGGGGCUUAUUCUGUCGAACGCAGCUGUAUCGCCGGACCCUGCCUUGCUCUCAGGGUUACCUGUGCUGUGAAUAAAAGUGCGGGGCAUCUACCCCCUGUGCUGCCA